GGCCGGCUGCUGGCUUCUGUGUAAGUGUAAGUGUAUAACCAUGUGUACCUAAUGUAAGGUAACAUAAGAUAAUAUAAAAUAAUGUCGAUGAUCUAAAUAAAUAAGAACUAUAUAUAUAAAGGACGUAUCUGCUUAUCCCUCGCCCUCAAGUCCGUCCCGACCCCCAAUGACUCCUCCUAUCUUCCCUCAACUCGUCGCGGAGAACGUCACACAACGAUUGCCACCUCAACUCGACUACCUAUGUCUACCCAGAACGAGUCCAUGCCUCCCGGGGAGGGCCGCCUGCAGCCGCGGUUGUCGAGGCUGACGAUGGUCGCUUUGACGUUCGCUAUCCUUAAUACAUGGAUCGCGCUGGCAGGAUCAAUUGGCCUCGUUCUGCCCUCGGGCGGCUCCGUCUCGUUCCUCUACGGCUUCAUAUUCUGCGUCCUGUGCAACCUGGCCCUCGCCGCGAGCCUCGGCGAACUAGCCGCGAUAUGGCCCACGGCAGGCGGCCAGUACCAUUUUGUGUAUGCGCUGUGCGCGGAGAAGUGGAAGAAGUCUAUGAGCUUCUGGGUUGGCUGGACGAACAUCGCGGGCUGGCUUACGCUUGUGACGACUGAGGGCUUCUUCGCCGCGCAGUUCAUCUCGGCCGCCGCAGUCAUCGCCUCCAACGGCGCCUACGCGAUCGAGGAAUGGCGCACAUACCUAAUCUUCCUCGCGAUCCUGACCUUCACGACCGGCGCCAACAUCUGGGGGAACCGAGUGCUCGGGCGCUGGAACGACGCGGCGCUGUACUGGUCGCUGCUGGGCGUCGUCGUCAUCAGCAUAGUGCUGCUGGCCACGUCGGACAAGAACGGCGCCGAGUUCGUCUUCGCCGAGUUCCAGAACGAGACGGGCUGGUCCGACGGCAUGGCGUGGAUCCUGGGCCUGCUGCAGAGCGCGCUGUCGCUAAUCGGCUUCGACGCGGCGCUGCACAUGACCGAGGAGAUGCCGCGGCCGGCCGUCGAUGCGCCGCGCGCCAUCAUAUACGCCGUUGCUGUGGGCGGCGUGACGGGCGUUGCGUUUAUCCUUGUUAUUCUGUUCUGCAUUACGGAUCCGGAUACGGUUCUUAACACGCCGACUAACAUGCCCAUCGCCGAGUUGAUCCUCCAGGGCACGGGAAGCCGAGCCGCGGCUACGGUGUUGACGCUGAUGCUGGCUGUGUGCUUCGUCAACGGGACGAAUGGGUGUGUGACCAGUUCGAGUAGACUGCUGUAUGCCAUGGCGAGGGAUAAGGGUAUUGCGUAUCAUAACUACUUCGCUCACAUAACCCCCAAGCUCGACGUGCCAGUCCGCACCAUCGUCUUGACCUUCGCAUUCAACGUCCUCUUCGGGCUCCUAUACCUAGGACCAUCAGUCGCCUUUAGCGCAUACGCGGCCAGUACGACCAUCUUUCUCAACGUGUCGUACGUGAUCCCCGUCGUCGUGUUAUUGAUACGCGGCCGCGGUGUUUUGCGCCAGUACCAGGCUGAGAACACGUACUUUGCGCUUGGGAAGGGCGGCUGGGCGCUGAAUUCCGUUGCUGCUGUGUUUGUUAUCGUGACUUCUGUGUUCUUCUGCUUCCCGACUGGACUUCCCGUUUCAGCAGAUGAGAUGAACUACGUAGUCGUCGUGAUUGGCAUCUUCCUGAUAUUAGUUGGCACGUACUGGAUCACAUAUGGCAAAACCUUCGAGGGCCCGACAUUCGAAGCCAUCAUCGGACAUGCGCUCGGAAACGAAGAAGACGCAGGAGUAGUAGUUUCUGUUUCCCCUUCGGAGAAAGAAAACUAGCCGUCUAAUAACCAGGACGAAAAAGAGGUUGCCUCCUAGAGUGGAGGUAUGCCUUAUUAAGAUACCCGCGUAUUGAUUUCUUCCGAGCUACUAGGCCGAGAUAUGAAGCAUUUAUAUGCAUCUUUUUAUCCAUUUCAGACAAGAUCAUAAAAGACACUUAUUUGACACGUUAUAGAUUCAAGGGGAAUGGGGGUUUGAAACGACAUCUCGCUCCUUAACCAUCUUUAUAUAAGCAUAUAUUCAUUCAUUCAUUCGAGUCCAUAGAAUUUUUAACCUAGGUAGUCGAACUAUACCAAGUAACUGAAUAAAUUUACUUUACUCACUUGCCAACA